CAGACAUCUGUCCCGCCUCAGUCCGCCGUGAGGACAGCGCGUGUGGGAGCUGCGUGUGUAGGACCCCGGAGCCGGACGUGGAGAACAUGGAGCUUAAACGCCGUGUUUUUAACCUGUCUGUUCAUCGUGACGUGUCGAGGACCACGCGUGUUUAACGCACUCCCGUGGAUCUGUAUCUGCUUCUGCCAAAGUGUCAGACUCUGCUGCGCUCUGUGGAAACUGAUAUUCUGCACCUUUUUUUUUUUUUUUUUUUUUUUUUUGCGCCUCGUUCCUGCGCCGGGGCCGCUGAUGUCUUCAUUGGACUCCUUUCAGUGGGAGAUGGUGGCGCUCUCUCGGAUUUCCAACGUGGAAACGUAGCAUCCAAUUAAUCAGCGACUGCAACUGAAGCCCGGGGGGUGAGACAGAGAGAGAGAGAGAGAGAGAGAGGGAGAGAGAGAGAGAGAGAGAGAGCGGGCCACGGUGUCCAACGCCUACCUUUGGACUCCAGAGCGCGGGGAGGGCGCACGGUUUGGACCGGAGCAUGAAAACUACACCUGGUGCAGUUUUUCUGACAGAUUUCUGUUCGGACUUAAAGUGAAUUUCAAGUUUGAAGGAUUUUCCUUUUUUUUUUUUUUAAAGAGCGACUUCAACGAGCGGAGAAAAACCUGGUUCAAUAAAUGAGACGGGAUUUCUGUUUGGAUUUUUACACCGACAGCACAGAGAGUUCCAGGUCUGCAUGGACCAUAUGUAAACUUUCCUCAUAGGAACUGAGUCUAAGAUGAAGUUAUGGGAUGUUUUGGCCACAUGUUUGUUGCUCCUGAGCUCUGUCGCUACACGGCCUCUCUACCACAACACUCACCCCGCCAAGAGGACUUUCUACCCCGGCAGCUACAGUGAUUCGGCGUCCCUGUCUGCGGAGGACGAAGAGCCAGCGUUCCAGCGUGAAGACCACAUCCUGCAGGAGCUCUCCAUGGAGGAUCAAUAUGACAGCGAAGGUCUCGAUCCAGAGAAGUUCGAUGACGUAAUGGACUUUAUCGAGGCGACCAUUGGAAGACUCCGGAGAUCGUCAGAGUCCGACGGAGGCUCCAGGGGUCGGAGGGAACGAAGACAGAGAGGAGCGGCAAACACGGAUGGCUCGAGAGGCGAGGGGAAGUCAAACGGCGACAGGAGACGAAGUCGGGGCCGAGCGGGAAGCCGAGGCGGCAAAGGGGGCCGGGGCGAGAGAGGGAGGGAGAGAUUAUCGGUGCAGAGCCGCGGCUGUUUACUGAAGGAGGUCCACCUCAACGUCACGGACUUGGGCCUGGGCUACCAGACUAAAGAGGAGCUGAUUUUCCGCUACUGCAGCGGCCCCUGUGUGGAGGCGGAGACAAACUAUGACAAGAUCCUGAACAACCUCACACACAACAAGAAGCUGGACAAGGACACGCCCUCUCGCACCUGCUGUCGACCAAUCGCGUUCGACGAUGACUUGUCUUUUUUGGACGACAACGUGGUUUAUCACACGCUGAAGAAACAUUCUGCCAGGAAGUGUGGCUGUGUCUGAUGAUGUCACAGAGGUGUGGUGACAUCACGUCCAGGUCAGGUGACCUGGACAUGAACAGGAAGUGUGGAAUCAGUCGUUUCAUGACUGGACUGUUAGACUCCUCCCAGUCAUGUGACCAUCAGACACAUCAGGAGGAAGUCACUUUGUCGUUACGACUACGUCAGAUCUGCAAACAGUGUUAAGUCAAGAAAAUGCAGAAGACGUUGUUUGUUUGUUUGUUUGUUUUUGUGGAACGAUACAGUUUUUUCUCGGACUAGCGGCCGAACUCUUAAGACGAACGCAGAGAUCUUCUCAGUCCGUUCAGCUGCGGUCAACAUCACUUCCAUCGCAAACUCUUGACAUCCAUAACCAAAUAAUAAGAAAAACCAAACCAGGGUUCAGCAAAGACUUCUGGGUGCAACGCAUCAACAUAAAAUCCAACUAUAUAUAUGUAUAGUAUAUAUAUAUAUAUAUAUAUAUACACGUGUGUGUAAGAGGUAUAUUUAUUAAGAUAGAAUUAACUUAUUGUUAUUUAUUUCAGUUCAUUUUAUGAAACAUGUUUUCCUAUUUAUUUAAAAGCUUUGUUUUUGUCCUUGACGGUGCCAAAGUGGAGCAACUUCUCAUCAAAACCCUGCAACUGCUCAACACUCGCUCGUACACAAACCCAUCGUAACGUUGCUUAUUUGCUUCACUUGAAUUCCAGGGAAUCGGAAAAUCAAAGUUUGUGAACAGUAUCUGGACCAGUGGUUCUCAAAUGGGCGGGAAUUCAAAUUCAAACGUUUUAAACCAACAGGUCUGGUCAAGGUUGUGACCAGUUUAUUAGGAAAAAAAUAAAACCUGGCACAAAGGCUAACGCUAGUUAGCAGGUUGUGUAGCAAAGCUAAUUUCCCCCUUAAAACAAUAAUUAUUAGUAAUCAUGUACUGUACCAAAAGAAAGAAGAAAAAACUAUUGUAAGCAACAAGGACGUGUCUCUUAAUUGCUUUGGUGCUAGCUAAUUAGCAUAGCACGAUGAUAACAGCUGGCAUUUUUAGCUACUGAUGAGGCGACAUGUUUGCGGAAGGAUUGCUAAUUUUGUAGUUUAUAUUUCGACACAUUCCCUUUGAAUUAAUUUUAAUGCGGCUAAACGCUUGCUAACCCUACUUUUAAAUUUGUUUUCAUAUUUUAUUGGUGAAACAUGAAUAUAAUGAAGAGUCGAUAGCUUAAUCAAAUAGUGUUUGGUUCUUGAGGAUCAAGCUACUAAUUCCACUGGACAAACUCUUGUCUGAUGUCCAUAUAUUGGAACGCCGUGACCUACUUUUGUGUUACAAGCCACCAUUUGAGAAACACUGAUCUAGAACAUUAGAUUUGGAGAGUGCGCGGAGAUGGAAUAGGGGACCAAAAGACGUUUUUUUUUUUUUGUUUGAAGUGAUCUGUAUUAUGGAGUGUUCUCUGGGACAGCAGGGGGCAUGUUUUUUUUUUCCUUUCCGACUGUUUUCACCUCAUUUUCACCCACGUGUCCACGUAACGUCGCCGUCUUCGUCACAGGCUACACACGGUCGUUCAACCUUUUUACUUGAUUACAUGUUUACAAGGAGGGAAACGGCUCUGCUGCUUUGUUUGGACUUUCACAUUAAACAUCCGAGUUCCCCAACCGGAGCCGCCACCGUUAUCGUCAACGCAGUGUAGACGUCUGUCCGACCAUCAGGAGGUGCCUUCCAGUCAGGGAGCACAGAAGCUGCUAGAAUACCUGCCUAAUGGCGUAGCGCGUCACCCGAAACCUCACUCUGGCCGAGCACCAGGUCGUGAACGUCGGUUGCCGUCCCAUUAGUCUUCGAACUUCAUCGGACGGCCCAUAUUUCUGUCUCAGCUCUGACAGGCCGCUCUUUCUGCCUGAAAGGGGGUUUUUGAAAGCGAUCCUCUUAAUACGAGUCUUAACCAAAUACCCCGGCGGGUGCGACAGACAGUUUAGAGAGGGCAAUUGAAGGAGCGGGAGCUCCUGGUGUAAACAUGUGAAGAAAAAGAAGUUUCCGUGAAGACAAUGGGUCGGUACUGCGGGCCGGGUCAGUUUGUUUAUGCGACUACUGCGGUAAUACACGUCCAGGCCAGCGGCAUCACUGCAGUACUCAUCCAGUAGUAUUUGCUCAGGGAAUGUUUUAAAGUGGAACACCGAGCGCCCUGGGGUGGUGAUCACGAUGCGACCACGGAUUAGGGACCAAGGUAUCUGUGCCCACCCAGCAGCAGAGGCAGCUUUGGAGUGUAAUCCCCCCUGAAAACAGAACAAAUCCACGGCACCGGGCUGAAUCCAGGCCAACGACUACACUGAGAGUUCAAAAAAAAAAAGUCCGGCUUUUAUCUCGGCAUACCUCGUCAAUUGGAUCAUCUUCUCCUUUAAACAACUGAUUUGUCCGUAAGAAUUUCCAGAUGAGAAUGUGCAGUUAGGAUAUUUCCCAGAAGCCUCGGAGCGUCGCGCCCGCUCCUCGAUACCAUACAUUAACGUGUGUAAACUGUGACCGGGGGUUUCUCUCAUCUUAGUGACAGCUGUUUGCUCAACGGCUCCGCGGCGUUACUGUAGGUUACCCCAGUGGUAAACUCGGACGUAGGUAAAAAAAAAAAAAAAAAAAAA